AAAAGAACUGUCAUAACAAAGCCUGGAAAUCGAAUGCUAAGUGGAAUUCAAGCACGCUUUAUUUAUUUUACAAUUCAUUUACCGUGAUAUAGUAUAAUCGACAGAAACCUUUAACCAUGGCAGGAGUUUUAUUUGAGGACAUUUUUAACGUGAAAGAUAUGGAUCCGGAAGGAAAAAAGUUUGAUCGUGUUAGCAGGUUGCAUUGUGAAUCAGAGUCUUUCAAGAUGGACUUGAUUUUAGAUAUAAAUUCCUGGAUCUAUCCUAUGGAGUUGGGUGAUAAAUUUAGAUUAGUGUUAGCCACAACUUUGAGGGAAAACGGCUACCCUGAUGGUGGAGAAUGGAACCCUUUAGAGACGGAAGGAAACCGCGCCGAUAGCUUCGAAUACGUUAUGUCCGGCAAAGUUUAUAGGAUAGAAGGUGAUGAGGCAGCAAUGGAGCCAGCGUCGCGUCUCGCGGCCUACGUGUCGUUUGGUGGGCUGUUGAUGCGGCUUCAGGGAGACGCCAACAACUUGCAUGGCUUUGAAGUUGAUCAGCAUAUGUACCUGCUCAUGAAGAAACUUGCUUUCUAACUCCAAUUUCUGUAAAUUAAGUUUAAUGGGAAGUGAAAAUUAUUGUUAUGAGAGGAACAAACAAUUUAUGAUAUAUAUAAAUUUCGGAAGAAUGUUAAUAUUGCCAGAGUUUUGCUUUUAGCAUGAAUCAGUAAAUUUGUUUCUAUAUCUUGUUUUUAAAAAUGUUACUCCAAUAUUUGUUGUACUUACUGAAAAUGUAAAUAUCACAUUAUGUUGAUAGUACCUAAUGCAAAUAUAAAAUCAACAAAAAAUUCGUACAUAUUAAACUGCAAAACGCAAUGCAAUAUUAUAUUAUCAUUAAGUAUAUGUUCCCGAAGACGGCGAUAUUUAGUUAAGUCUUAGAAAUAAAAUAACAUAAGUAUUUUCUAUAGAAA